AUGGAGGCAAAGGCUGCGGAACUCCUGGCGGCCUUCAAAAACCCCAAUGUCUCCAUUGACUCCAGAGUCAAUCACCUUACCAGCAUCAAGUCCGAUAUCAAACAGAAAAAUGUCCCCGAGGGUGCCAUCCCAACUAUUUUCGAGACCAUCCGAAUCGCCAUUACCUCUCAGCACUACUCGGUCUCUAGCGCCGGCUUCUCCACACUUGGCCACUUCCUGAAGCGGCUUUCGAUUCAAGACCAGCAGCAAUGGAUUGCCAAUUCUGCGCGCAACUUCUACCCUCUGUUGAUGGAGCGACUCGGCGAUCACAAAGAACGAACUCGAGCCCAGGCCGCAUCAAUAUUCACCGAACUUUGGUCGACAGCGAGUGGCGAGGUUGAAUACUAUGUGCUAGAUACCGCCUUGGUGGGCAAAAACCCUAGGGCCAAAGAAAUGAGUAUGCUGUGGCUGUCCAAUAUGACAAAAAACCAUGGCUUGUUGUUCCGUCAGCAUGUGCCAUCUCUGGUCGCAUGCUUAGAGGAUGCCGACAGUGCCGUUCGAGAUACGGCGAGAUUGGUUGUGGUGGAAUUGUUUCGGACCGCACCUGCGAGAGCCAAAUCCGAUCUGCAGAAACAGCUGGUUGCACGCAAUGUGAGAAAAUCAAUUGCUAAUGCCAUUCUAUCGGGAAUUGGACUCGUAGACGAGCCCCAGAGUUCAGCUCGCCCUAUCUCGCGAGUUGAGCGACCGAUUUCAGUCAUGUCCUCACGUUCACAUGUCAAAGAACUCCCAGACGAUGAACCCGAAUUUUCAAAAAGCCGACCAGCUCCUUCUGCAGAGCCACCUUCGAGACCCAAGACUCCGGCCGAAGCCCCGACAUCCCAAAGUCCGUCUCAAGAAGAUGGCGUGGAGCCGCUCCUUGUGGCGUCAAGCAGGGACAUUGAUGAUCUCGUGCGAGAUAUGCUCCCUUGGUUCGAUGGCAAGGAGUCCGAAGACAACUGGCUGAAGCGUGAAAAGAACGUCAUUCUCUUCCGAAGACUCACCUGUGGUAACGCGCCCCACGAUUUCUCUCAGAGCUACAUUAGUAGUACAAAAACACUCCUUGAUGGAAUUUUCAAGGUAGUGAGUUCCUUACGGACAACACUUUGCACCAACGGCUGCCUCUUGAUCCAAGAUAUUGCCCGAAUCUGCGGUCCCAAAAUCGACGGAAUGGUUGAAAUCAUGAUGCAAAACCUCGUCAAGCUGUGCUCAUCUUUGAAAAAGAUUGCCGCUCAGAGUGGAAAUGCAGCGGUUGAUGCCGUCCUUGCGAACGCAACCUUUUCCAUUCGUAUCCUGCAACAUGUCCACUGGGCCUGUCAGGACAAGAAUGUGCAGCUACGCCUCUUUGCUGCUGGAUGGCUCCGGACAUUGAUCAUCCGACAGGCUCAUCAAAAGAGUACAGUUGAGCACGGUGGUGGCCUGGACCUCAUUGAAAAGUCAAUUAAGAAAGGUCUAGGCGACGCCAAUCCUGGUGUAAGAGAAGCUAUGCGUAACACCUUUUGGACAUUUUAUGGGGUUUGGCCUCCCCAGGCUAAUGCGAUUAUGUCUAAUCUUGACGCAAAAUCCCGCGGUUUACUGGAGAAAGAUUCAUCGAACCCGAAUGGAACUCAAAAGGCACCCACCCCUUCUUCAAAGGGUACAAGUGGCGCUGCUGCUCGUUCGGCCCUCAGGGACGCUAUUGCUGCUCGCAAGAAGGCUGCCAUGCCCUCUCGUCCGGAGUCUGCUCAGUCGGCCUUUGACUCCUCAGAUUCUGCACCCAAGCCCCCAACGCGGACUGUCCCCACCGGCGCACCUCUUUCUUCCUUGUCAUCGGCGCCCAUGCGGCCUGCCAUGAAGCCUCGACGAGCCGAACUCAGCCGCCCGGCAACCGCCGAUCCUUACGCAUCCCGACCUGGAUCUCGAGCCGGCCAAACUACUAGCAAGCCGGCAAGCUCACCGAGAUCUGUGAGGUCCAAAGCAUCGACACCUUCCUCCAAGCCGAUCAGCGGUCCUCGUCUUCGGCUUCACGAAGCUGGACAGACUGGCACCACUCGUGGCAAGCCCAAGAAGCUUGAUCUUUCAAAAUCCAAGUCUCAUGGCGAUCUCCGUGCGGUUAACCACUCGCGCAGCAAUUCCGACGAAAGUAUUGCAAACCACCUCUCUACCCAUGUCCACCCAGUGGAUCCGUCGAGUACAUCUGAUGAUCAGGAUUCACCAGCACCCGUAGUGUUGGAAAGCCCUCCACUAGCUGCGUCUGAGCCGCCGCCUGUUCAAAACGAAGAGCCUGAGCCUAGCCGUCAUGUCACACCGGAGCCUGCAGCGGAGCCAGAACUGCUGUCAAUCGACGCCGCCCCUGCUGAUACUCACUCACCACGCGCCGAGGAGUCAUAUGCCGCGUCUCCCUUGCGCCAUUCAAUUUUGAGGUCUGAUCCCGAGCCAGUCGCCAGGAAUCAACCCGAGGAGAUGAUUAUAUUCGAAGACCCUGCUACCCCUGUUGCUGCAGAUGCAGAAGUACCGGAGGUUGGUCCCGAGGAUCAAUACACUCCCGAACAGUCACCUCGACGUGCUGAAGAGCAAGAACCUAGUGAUGAGCCCAUGUCCGCGACUCCGGCUAGGUUGGAAACUCCAGCUAAGAAUCCUGCUCUGGAACUAGCUCCUACCCAAGGAAAUACGAUGGACGGUUUGAUUGAAGGCUCAACUCAAUCCGUCCGCAGGACUCCUCUCCGAGGAAGUCCUUCUCCAUCAAGAAACCGAGCUCAGGCCACGCCUUCUGGUAGGGACUCUGCUUCACCGCAUCGAUCCAUUGCCGCACCCAUUUUUGAGCAGAUGCCCAACAACGAGAAUGCCACGGCGCAGUUGAAUAAACUCGCCACUCCACGAUCUGCAGCCAAACCAGGUGCUUUGGAAGAAGUGCCGCUGAACGAGUCAAUCUCGCAAACGAGAACCCGGUCCACUGAAUCUCCGGGCCUGGCCACACCGGGCGAGGAGCCAUUGCGCCGUCGAAAGUGGGCUGAGCGGCAUCGUAGCCCAAGCCCUCGAUCCAAGGAUCCAGCCAAUGCUCAAGAGAUGCUUCAGAAGGCUCUCAGUCGCAUCGGUUCGAAGACAAUCGAUAUCUCGGGAUACCGGAAGCUGCAAGGUCUUUUCCAGUACCACGGCGAAGAGAUCGUCUCCAGCAACCAGGACUAUUAUGCGAUGCUCGACGCUUUGCUGGGGGAGUUGGAGUCGGCGCCCAUCAGCCGUAAGGACCACGACGUGAAGACCCAAAUCCUGGCAACCAUUCGCUCUAUGCUCCUUCGUACUAGCGAGCUGUUCCACCGUUAUGAUGUUCGAGCCAUGGCGGCCAUCAUUCGUGCGCGACGGCACUACGAGUCAAGCUCGCACUUUGUGACCUGCCUGGAGGAAGUGGCAGAGCAACUGGCCUCCUUGGUCUCUACCACUACGGUCAUCGACGGUGUGCUACGAGGUCUAGACCUAGGCGAGGACUCGCAGAGCGAAGGGGCCUCCCGGUCGAUCAUCAUGGGUCUGGCGACUAUUCACCAGUCCCUCUCGCAGGGACCUGCCGAGAUCUCCGACGACACCCUAGCGACCGUCGGGACGGUAGUCAGCCAGCAACUGGGCCACCCUCGGCCCGGAGUGCGCAAGCAAGCUACGGAGCUGUGCACGCUGCUGAAUCUCAAGUUCGGGCUGGACCGAGUGCAGAAGGUGACUCCGCCUGCCGGCGAGGGAUCGCUCAACCUGCUCACAUAUUUCAUGGCCCGUCGGUCCCGGUGA